AGUGCUAUGGCCUGCACAGUCUACAAUGAACUUUGUAUGGAGGGAAAGCUCUGUGAUGUUGUCCUCAAGAUCAAUGAUGUUGAGAUCAAUGCUCACAAGAUCAUCCUGUGUGGCAGUAGUGACUAUUUCAGGACUCUGUUCACCAGUGGCUGGAACCUUCCAGAGAAGUGCAUCUACAACAUCUCUGGCAUUUCCCCAGACAUGAUGUGGCUGCUUGUUGAUUACGCCUACAUGCAGUCAGUGCCUGUAAACAAAGACAACGUGCAGGAGCUGCUAGCAGCUGCAGACCAGUUCUUCUUCCUGGGUGUGGUGCAUGCCUGCUGCCAGUUCCUGGAAUCUCAGCUGAAUCCAGAGAACUGCGUAGGCAUCUGGAAGUUGGCCAACUUCUACUCGUGUUUGGACCUGCGACAGAAAGCCUACCUGUACAUCCUCCACCAUUUUGAAGAGAUAGCGCGUGUGUCAGAGGAGUUCCUGGAGCUGUCGCUGACCCGGCUGGUUGAGAUCAUUGAGAAGGACGACCUCAACAUCAGACAGGAGGGUGUAGUAUUUGAGGCCAUCCUACGCUGGAUCACGCAUGCACCUCAGGAAAGGACAGAACACAUCGCUAUCUUGCUGCCAAAGGUAAGGAUGGCAUUGAUAACGCCUGACUACAUCAUGAACAGUGUAAAGGACAAUGCUGUAGUGAAAGACAGUGAGGACUGUAAGCCCAUCAUCAUCAGUGCACUGAAGACCAUGUUCAGCCUGAACAUCAAUGGACCAUCUAACUAUGACUUCAGAAACCCUCUCGCCCGCCCACGUCUGCCCUACACCAUCCUAUUGGCCAUAGGUGGCUGGAGCGGUGAUAGUCCUACCAAUGACAUUGAGGCAUAUGAUGCAAGGGCAGAUCUCUGGGUGAACGUGACACAGGAGGAAGAGAGUCCACGAGCCUAUCAUGGUGCAGCAUAUCUGAAUGGAUUUGUGUACUGUAUGGGAGGAUUUGACAGCAUUGACUACUUCAGUAGCGUAAGAAAAUUUAACCCUGAGACCAGGACCUGGCAUGAGGUUGCACCCAUGCACUCUCAGCGAUGCUACGUUAGCGUAGCUGUGCUAAAUGGCUGUAUCUAUGCUAUGGGCGGCUUUGACGGCCAUGUCCGCCUCAACACAGCAGAACGCUAUGACCCGGUGACCAACCAGUGGACGAGGAUCGCACCCAUGCACGAGCGGCGUAGCGAUGCUAGUGCAACCACACUGCACGGCAAGGUGUAUAUCUGUGGAGGGUUUAAUGGAAAUGACUGUUUGUUCACGGCGGAGGCCUACAACCCUGAGACAAACCAAUGGAGUCUCAUCGCUCCCAUGACGAGGAGACGCAGUGGAGUGGGAGUUAUCGCAUAUGGAGAGGAGAUCUAUGCUGUUGGUGGGUUUAAUGGUUUCUAUCGCUUGGGAAGUGUAGAGGCUUAUAACCCCCAGACCAACACCUGGAGAGUCAUCCCCAGAAUGUUAAACCCACGCAGCAACUUUGGCAUUGAGGUGGUUGACAACCUCCUCUUUGUGGUUGGUGGAUUCAGGGGCUUUACCACUACCUGUAACGUGGAGUACUACGACAGGAAAACAGAACACUGGUACGAGGCCCAUGACAUGAGCAUCUUCCGGAGUGCGCUGAGCUGCUGCUCGGUGCCUGCACUGCCCAACGUGUUGCAGUACGCCGCCCCACGGGACCUGCCAGAGGAUGUCCCCCAGAGCCCAUGA